AUGGACUCCCGCGGCCCUCUUCCUCCGCCCACGGCAGGUCCGCGCCGGGAGAGGGGCGGCGAGGGGGGACAUCCCCUUCUUCCCGUCCUCUCCCCGCCGUCUCUUGCUGGCCCGUCAGCUGACGACAAGGUCGGGCGUGCGUCCUACAGAAAUUCGGGCUCCGAGCAAGAGCGGGCUUGCUCUGGCCGCGAGGGGCGGCUGGGUGUGCUCUCCGAUGGGCGGCGGGCGAAAGUUCCCACUGCCAAUGGAUUGAGCAUGCUGCCUCACGUCGGUAUCCUCAGCGGCGCUGGUUGCAGUCUCCGUUUGUGGCAGUCUUCCGCGCCGUGUGUGCACGACGUUGGGCCUGGCCUGCUCAUUAAACUUUUGGCGUUUUCGCAGUUUUGA